GUUGACGUCAUUGCAAUAGGCUGAGGAUUAAGCACUGCGCCAUCUUGUGAGGGACUAGAACACUAUACAGUAUUAUCAUUCUUGACUUCUAACAGUGAUGGCCUUGAAGGAGUGGUUGUGGAUACCAGCGGUGGCGCUUGUGGUAUUGUUUACACUGGUGCUAUGUUGGAAAUUCUUCUCGGACUACACUUGUUGCCCCUGUCGGCGGAGAACACCUGAACCUGUCCUUCCAACUCAUCACCAGGCACAUACCACCCGGCCACAGCAUUUCUGGGGAACUCCUUCUUAUGUACCUGGAGAAAUCCCAAGUGUUGGUCCAUCUCUUCCACACUAUUAUACACUAUCUGAAAAUGAUAGCCCCAACCUACAUAUGAAGUUUGGAGAUCUUCCGGUGACACAGGUACUUACCACAGAUCAUGGUAUUCCUACUCUGGAUCUUCACAAUAUGACUGUCAGGGAAGCCACUCGGAUAACUAACGAAUUCCUUCGUCAGAGUCAACAUGGACACAAUAUGGUCAAAAUUGUAACUGGUCGAGGUUUACACACUGAAGAUGGAAUUCCUAAAGUCAAGCCAGCAAUUGCAACCUUGUUGAAUAAUUUAGACUACGAGUUUCGAGAAGUGCAUAAAGGAGGAUGUUUUGAGGUAUUUCUCUCAUAAGAAGGCAGAAUACUGUACCUUUAACACUCUAUGGUUUUACUGUCACAGUGGCUGAUGUAAAACUUUUUAUUCAUAUUUUUUAGAAAAUUUUAUUAAAAUUUGUUUUAGUAAGUCAUAGACUUUUUUCUCUUAAUGAAUACAACUGAUAAAGAAGAGUACUACAGUAGGAUCGGGAUAUAUCGCGAGAUAGGGUCCAACGAUGCUCCUCACUAUAUACUAAAUCACGACAUAUAAUUACAUGUAAUCAAUGGUGAAAAUAGGGUUAGGUUCUGGAGGCCAAUAUAAGUGACUAAGCUUGACUUAACGAGUUCAUUUUCUUACUAACUAAAGCACCAAUGAACACCAGACUUGGGAACAACAGGCUGUUUCAAUAUCAAGGGAACACCAGACUUGGCAGCAGACGCCACAUUGCCACCCUCACUUGACAAUCCCACACCUACUAUAAUGAACAAACCAAAAAUAUUAUUUACAGUAUUAAAUCUUUUCCAUUAUGCUUUUCAUUUUCUUCACUUCACUUCACACAUCACUAGCAACCCAUUUACUCUCACCUUAGAAAUCGUAAUCUGCAGCAGAGUCGGCUGCUUACUAGUCACUCACUCAGAAAGACUGAGCGGGUGAGCGUGAAUGCAUGGGUGAGCAGCCACGGUGGCGCCUCUGGUGAGCAAAUAACGCAUUUGUUUGCCAUGGCGGUACAAUUGAAAUAUUUCCUGCUCAAUUACCCUCGCAAAAUAAAUACAUUUAUCGCUAUACAGUAUAUUGGAAAAUGUCGACAAUUUUGGCAGUCGCGAAAUAUAAAAAAUAAUUAUAAAAAGUCGCGAUAUAUCCUGACCCUACUGUACUUUGAAGUAAAUCAGAAAUUUAUUGUUUUGCAAAGUAGCAAGUAAUAUAGUACAAUACUGUACUAUACUAUACUGUACUGUGCUGUACUGUACUGUACAGUACUGUGUUCAUAUUAGUGUUAGCACCAUUUUGUAAGUACUUUACAUAAAAUUUAAUUCUUUCUUCAUGACAUAUUGACAUCAAACUAAUCUUGUGUACAGAAUUGCACAUCUGCUUAAAGGAAUAUUUUAUGACUAAGAUAAAUUUAUCUCUCUAAUUUUAGUUUUUAAGAUUAGAACAUGAAUGUUCACAACUACUCUACUGUCCUGCACCAGGUGUAGGAUAACUGAGACUGCCAAAAAUACAGUAAUUAGUUUGUGUAUUAAUAUUAAGAAUAUCACUGGUCACAUAGGUUCCUUAAUUAGGGUUUAGCCAGGAUUUUGAAACCAUAAAUCACUUUAGCAGAACACUUAUUGUCAUCUAGUUUCACCUAUAUUGUCUUUCAAUUAAACAUACAAUGGGAUGUUCUGUAAGUUGAAGUCCAACUUGGGGUUGAAUUGAGUAAGAAUUAGUUCAGUCACAAGUUAAAGAGGAUAAUAAUUAUUCUGUUUACAUGUUUUCGUUUUCGGAAAUACAUGGUGAAUCACAGAAGCCUCUUAAUAAAGCAUCACUUUCAGAAAAUGCCAAAAAUGGAGAGCACUGCCUAAGUGUCUUAUAUCAGUGCCUUAUAAUCCUUCAGUAGAAUAAUACAUGGUUAUUUAUAUUGUCUAGUGAAGUUUAUGCCUAUGUUUGACAUCCUGUUAUUAUUUUGAUGCGGCAGUAUGCUAAGGUAGCAAUUUUAGGGAUUUAAGAAAAUGAUCAAAGUGCAGUAAAACCUUAAAGGCACAAUGUUUUGUGUGUGGGAUUUGUUACUGUGAAUGUUUCCAGCUGUCUGAGGUUUUGUGGCUGUGUAAGUUUUUCCUUUACUGUAAAUGGGACCUCUAACAAUGACAUUAAUUACUGUGAGUUAUUUCUUAUGUUGGCUUGAACUCAUUAAUGCACAAUUCAUAGUUUAUAUUUUAUUAAUCUGACUACAUACUUGAAGUCCUCGGCCUACUGAAGGGUUACGUUCCUAAAAAGUUGUGGCUGUAAACCGGAGUUGCUAUAUAAUAGACCCUAUAUUCCCAUUGAGUUUUAUUAUAUGAUGGGAGAUGCAUUUCUAUGGAAAAAAUUUCUGACCCAAGACUUUACAGUAUGCUGUAUACAUAAUUAUUUUUUUACUUUUUUAAACAUAUUUGAAAAAAAAAUACACACACACACACACAGACACACAGACACACAGAGUGGUCCCUCGGUUAACGAGCACAAUUCGUUCCAGAAGG